UCUCCAUGUCUGCUGUCUCCAACUUUAAAUUCAACACAGACUCAGAACAACUCAGAACCCGACUCAUAACCCAGACUGGUACGUUUAGUUUUUGGUUAAUCAGUGAUGCACGCACACGCGUGCAGUACAGAUCUUCUGUAAAAUAAAUAUUUUUUUUUUGUUACGUUUUUACAUACACUAAAAAAAAAUAACGAAUGAGAAACAAAGAAGACUAAAGAGUUGAGUAUAGUGAACAGAGCGAAGGAGUUAACCAACUCCGACUUUUAACAAACCUGCAACUGAACUCAGAGCAGACUUUGUGAUACAGAAACAACCGGAGCGUUGCCUUGUGCGGUUUAAUUAUUUCAGUGGGUUUGAUUUUUUGUUAACGUUCUUCCCUUUCAUAUUUUUAAAUAUUUAUUUUACUAGUGUAAAAUAAUUAACAAAAAAAGAAAAUAUAUAUAUACAUAUAAAUAUAUUAAUGUAACUGGAAGGGGAACACGUCGUAAAGAAGCGACCUUGAAAACGCGUAUACGUAAAACUCGACAAUCCGUCAAAACUAGACGAUACACCAUUUUAUAUUACGCGUGUGUAUACGAUAAAAAUUAAUAAUAAUUGAUAAUAAUUAAAUAAUUAAUUAAUUAAUUAGUCAAUCAAUUGAUUGAUUGAUUGAAGAAUAUAAAAUUGGGAUUGAGUGAACAAGUGAUAAAGUUUUUUUUUUUAGUGAGGUUAUAACCUCAAAAUUGUGGUCUGUGUUGUGUGUUGAGGGCUGAGGUUUGUUAUUGAAUUGACUGAUUGUUUUUAUGGUUUGUUGAUUGAUAAGAUAAUUUGAGAUUUAGUUACUGGGUUUGAAUUUGAACUUAAAUUUAAAUUGAAGGUGGGGUUUUAGUUAUUGGAGGUCUGUAAUUGAAGAGCAGUGCAAGUUUUGUGAGUAAUGUUACAGCACGGAGGAUCUAGUGUUGGAUUGAUGGGUGGAAACGGGCAGGGUGCACAAAACACUGGUGGUUAUGGCAGCAUGGGCCAGGUUGAUAAUUCUGGAGGCCAGGGGCCCGAUCAGACAGUCGAGGCUCGUAAACAAGAUAUUGGCGAAAUUUUACAACAGAUUAUGAAUAUCACUGACCAGAGUUUAGAUGAAGCACAGGCUAGAAAACAUACAUUGAACUGCCAUAGAAUGAAACCAGCAUUAUUUUCGGUCCUCUGCGAGAUAAAAGAAAAAACAGUUCUAUCACUGAGAAAUACCCAAGAAGAAGAGCCUCCAGAUCCACAGUUGAUGAGGUUAGACAACAUGCUGAUAGCUGAGGGCGUUGCUGGACCUGAAAAAGGUGGUGGUGCUGGUGCUGCAGCAUCUGCGUCAGCAGCCGCAGCCGCUGGACCACCGGGACAACCAGAUAACGCUAUUGAACAUUCUGAUUAUCGUGCUAAGCUUGCACAAAUCAGACAAAUUUACCACCAAGAGCUUGAAAAAUAUGAGCAGGCAUGUAACGAAUUCACUACGCACGUUAUGAAUUUGCUGAGAGAACAGAGUCGUACAAGGCCAAUCACACCCAAGGAAAUUGAAAGAAUGGUUCAAAUUAUUCAUAAAAAGUUCUCAAGUAUCCAGAUGCAGCUCAAACAAUCCACCUGCGAAGCUGUUAUGAUUUUAAGAAGUCGAUUCCUUGAUGCCAGACGUAAAAGACGGAACUUUAGUAAACAAGCAUCUGAAAUACUAAAUGAAUAUUUUUACUCACACCUAAGUAAUCCGUAUCCGAGUGAAGAAGCUAAAGAAGAAUUAGCGAGAAAGUGCGGUAUCACUGUCAGUCAGGUAUCCAAUUGGUUUGGCAACAAGAGAAUACGUUACAAGAAAAAUAUCGGCAAAGCACAAGAGGAAGCAAAUUUAUACGCCGCUAAAAAAGCUGCAGCAGCUUUUGCAGGAGCGUCGCCGUACAGUAUGGGCGGCGCCAGCCAGGGUACAUCCACGCCGAUGAUGUCUCCGGCGCCACCGGGUGGCCCUCAGGACAUGGCAGGAUACGGAAUGGGAAUAAACGGAAGUGACUAUGGUUCCCAACCCUACAAUGACGGUUCAAUGGGCUAUGAUCCAAUGCAUCAGGAGCUGUCGCCUUGAAAUCCUUAGAAGAUACUUGAAGCAUACUAAUUAAAAGCAAAACAAUAACAAUAAACAAAGAAAAUCUCAACUUAACUAAAUUAAAAUUUAAAUUAAAAAAACUAAAUAUUUUUUUUUUUUUUAAACAAUUCGAUCACCCUAACUGUGAUCCACAAGUUCACUUGAUAAAUGAACAAAUACGAACUAAGAUCGAUAUUAAAUCCAUAAGAAUAAUAAUAAUAAUAAUAAUAAUAAUAAUAAAUUAUUAUUUAUCUCUCAAUAAAUGCAAGGAGCGUUGAUCAGUACUUUUAAUUUAUCUCAAUAAUAAACGAUUAAAUUUUUGAAAAUAUCGGAAAUAUUUUUUAUUAAUAAUUAAAUAAAUUCUCCUUGUACUCUAUCGCCUUUUUCAAUUAUCCCUCAACAAACGUUUUAAUAAAAUUACAUACGAAUAAAAAAUAAAAAAUUUAAAAAAAAUAAAUAAUUUAAAAGAGGGAAACGAAGCAAUGGUCCUUCGACACAACACUGAUGUAUACGAUUUUUCAACAUGAAAAUAUUAUAUAAUGUAGCUAUAUAUAUAUUAUAAAUAUAUAAAUAUAUAUAGAAAAAUAAUGAAAUAAUUAAAAAAAAAAAAAUUAAAAUAUAAAAUAGUAUGUAGGUUUAAAUUAUACCAGCUAAGAUCACUUGCUUUUUAUCACUCCUAUCAAUUUGUUUUUUUUUUUUUUGUUUUUUUAUAUUUAUAUAUGUGUAUAGGGCAUUACAUACAUUGUAAAAAAUGAAGGGAAUGAAUACGCAUUUAAUCUGGAGUCAAUGCGGAGCAGAUGACUGCUUAUUUAAUUAAUCUCCUAGGGGUAAAGUUUACUCCGAAGGAGAGUUUAUUUUAAUAUUAAAACUCCGCAUCGAAGUCAAUGCGGAUUGAAAUGAAAUCUAGAUCACUUCGAUGAAAAGACAAACUCUAUUCACUCCGUAUGCCAAGUGAUUUUUUGUAAAAAUUCCGAAACUCCGAAAAGCGGAGUGAAUUCGGAUUCAAAUAAAAUCCGUAAUCACUCCCGACUUUUUUACAGUGUAUUAAAUCGAAAGAUUUUGUACCUUUAGGUUCUUAAUGUUUGAAAAAUUAUUAUUUUGUGUUAUCCGGUGAAUAAAAUUUUUCAUGGUUUUUCAAAAUAUUUUUUAAUGGCUCACUACAAAAUAUAUACUAACAUACUAAUUUGAAUUUUUUUUUUGAAUGUCAGAUUUUUCCAUUUUAACUAAAAAAUCUCAUACGAUUAUGUUAGUAUUUUUUUUUUAUUUUGUACUCAAAUUUUUUGAAAUAAAUGGCAUGUUUAAUUUUCAAAAAAUGUAUAUACUAACAUGCAGGUAAUAUCAAAUUUUGAGUAUAAAUUUCAUUAUAUGAACCAAUAAUUUGUCAUACUUUUUUAAAAAUCUAUAAAAAUUGAAACAAAAAAUUUUUCAAAUAUUUGAAAAUUUUUGGAUAUUUUUAACAUCCUUUCAGAUAAUUAUUUACAAGUAAUUAAAAGAUUAAUUAGUCAUUUUGUUCGGUAG